AUGUUUCAAACAUACUUUUGGAAACUACAGCAUCACGAUUCUGUUCUCUGGUGGUGGGAACAUACUUUGAAGCAAUCAAUCGGCAAUCUGGUUAGCAAGAGGAGGAGAAAUAGGAAGAAACCAAUCUAUAUUGGUGUAGCAGACUGGACUCUAUUGGAAGCGGCUUGGGGCGAGGUCGUAAACAAGAACAAGAGCCAAACCAAUUCACAAAACCGUUCUUCAAAUGCAGAUAGAUUAGGCAUUUACCGUCACGUUUCAGGAUAA